UUACUCUGAGUUACAGGGAUUUAAUCAAAAAUUCCCGUUAACUCCUCCUUUAUUGAAAUUAUCAUUGAGUUCUUGCAUCGCGAACUGUGAAGUUUGUUCUGAUGAUUCGGAUGGAACGCUAUCAUGGCUGCAUUUUUUAUUCGGCGAAGCAUGACUGGUGGAUCUUGGAAUGAUUUCUGGACUCAUUUUCACGUGCGCCGAAGGUUACGAGGUUGUGCUGUCGAAGAAUAGGAACGAAGAGUCGUGAUGUGUCCGCUGUAUCCGGUGCAUUUCAUUUUGAUGUACGCGUUCGUACUCUUGCCUAUCUGGCUGAUAUGUUCGUCUGCGCAGUCCAUAUCAGCGUCGAAACCGGAACCGUCUCGCACUGUCCAAUUUUAUCCGGAACGCAUUGAUAAACUCGUGGAAGGAACGUCGCAGGUUGUGUCCUGGACUAUACCGAAACACUGGAAUGCGUCCGAAAUGCUUGCUCCCGUCUUGCUACAACCCGAAGUGGACAACUUACAAAUAGCGGACGUGAGCUCGGUGGACACGGUGUAUCUUAAUCGUGCGAGCGACAAGAACUUUUCUUUCACCGUCAACGCGAAAUUUCUUGGGAGAACAUUCGUCCGCGUCUCCCCGGUGGGGCUCAAGGAUGAUUCUUUCGGUGAUAUCCUCGAGAUCUCAGUCAUCCGACGAGAUACCGUUCUGGACAAGAUUUUUUUGUACUCGGUUGUGACAUUGGUGUCUCUGGCGUACAUCAACAUGGGUUGUUCGUUGGACUUGAAGGUCGUUUGGGACACCAUUCGUCGCCCCGUGGGUCCCGCUGUUGGGAUAUCCUGCCAAUACUUGUGCAUGCCUUUGCUGGCGUUCGGGUUGUCGCAACUCUUCCUGACUUCGUCUCCUUCUCUGCAACUUGGAUUGUUUGUCACUGGAUGUUCGCCUGGCGGCGGAGCAUCGAAUAUUUGGACGGUUCUUCUCAACGGGAACCUGAAUUUAAGCAUAACUCUGACCUUCGUUUCUACUGUGCUUGCUUUGGCAUUGAUGCCUGCGUGGAUCUUCUCACUGGGUCGCGUGAUUUUCAACCGUGCCAAGCUGAUUAUACCGUACAAGAACAUCAUUUAUAUGAUAGUGGCAUUGCUAGUGCCGGUGUCGAUUGGCGUGGCUAUCAGGAAAAAGUGUCCAGGAUUGGCGGACGGUCUAGUGAAGCUCACGAGGCCAUUUUCCCUGCUUCUCAUCGUCUAUAUUUUCACGUUCGGAAUUUACGCGAAUGUCUACGUGUUCUACUUGAUAACUUUGGACGUGAUUCUGUCGUCGGUGUGCUUGAUCUGGUUUGGAUUCGCGUUUGGGUAUUGCGUCGCCCGCUUUUUGGGAUUUUCCACGGAAGAUAUCAUUGCCAUUUCCAUUGAAACCGGUAUCCAGAAUACUGGGGUUGCCAUUCUGCUGCUGAAGUUGUCCCUUCCUCAGCCCGAUGCUGACAUGACGUUUGUCAUUCCCAUAAUGGCCGCGACGGCGAUGCCCAUUCCUCUCACGAUGGUCUGGUGCACCAUGAAAGUGCGGCAAUGGGUGUCGGUCAAGUCGUCGACGGACCUCGGAGUCACGGGCGUCACGGACACCGUCCCCGAAGACGGAAAGGCGUACGAAAACGGCGGUUCAACGCACACCAAGAGCUCCAGCAACGGAUCCUACGUGGCCAUUGGCACUCAGGACGACUCGGCUGCAGCCGGAGUCUGAAACGCGGUGCUCGGGGAAACAGAAGUGAACAGAGGCUUUAUUCCGGUUCCGCCAUUUCAAAAAUAGUGUCCCCCAUUUUAUUUUUUCCGCUUCGGUGUAUGCUUUAUUCCCCUUUUUUUGCUCUGCUCCCCAGUGUUGGUGUGAAGACUGUCGAUGCUUGCCGCUCGAGGUUGUUGAGCUUUAUCUGUUUACGCACGCUGGAAAAGUAUUCUCUCGGUAGGAGUCGUUUUUAGCUGCUGAAUUUUCUGAAGAGUGUGUUGAUGAAGACAGAGGAAUGAAGGAAAAGAAAAAUAUCCUUUUUGGCGUCUCAGGGUCAAGUGAAACGUGAUGUUUGAUCGAGGAUUAUGAUUGGAAAAAAAAAAGUGAAGAGGAAUUUGUAUCGCCCACGACCGAAUGGAAUUGCGGGAAUGUUUUGAAUUAUCGAAAGGAGAUCCAAAGACACCCGAGAGUUGUGAAGUUUGUCCUGCGAUCUUUUUAGUCGGUGUGCUUUUUAUGAGCCCUGUAAUUUUUUGCUUCUGCCAGACAUUUAUUUUGCAAUUUAGCGCUCAAAAAGGAAGGUCUAAGCGAUUAGUUUUUUGCGUAAGCUUUUUUUUCUUUUGUUUGAUUGCAUUUCUUUUAUUUUUUUCAACAAUGAAGCCUGCAAAAAGCGUCUCCCGUGGUUCGUUUGAAUCUUGUUCUUCAUCUUUUGCUCAUCGGCGAAGUCCCCCAGUGAGAUUGAUCGUUACCAUGGCUUGGUGUCUUAUACAGUAGUGGAUUUUCAAGGCCUGGCCAAAGUGCCCAAGAUAUCUGUGAACCGGGUGCUGAAACCGUAGAAUAUUGGACAUUUCUCUGAAGAACAGUUUUUUUUUCCUAGCGUGAAUCAUUUGACAUACUGUAUUUUGUAAAUUUUUUAUUUGCUUUUCAGUCGUCAGUUUUCGGUUGGCAGGAUUCCAAUCACCAGAAAAGAGGAUAUGGAUCUGUAUCGAGUGCAAUGAAAAUACGAGCAAUUUUUAGGAAUCGUUCCAUUGAAAACGGCAGUAAAUUUCGUACCAUUUUCUAUAGAAACUAGUUUUUCGAGGCUCAUGUUUUCGAAACUGUUUUUCAAAGAAAUGUCUGAUUCCGUGAAGACAGAACUGUGUUUGGUGAGGUUGAAAAAGGAAUUGAAUCAUGGUGAAUUCACAUGAGCUGGAAAAGGUGCGCGGAGGUUAUUUUUCGGUUCGGUGGUGUUGUUGUAAUGAUCUAUCUACUGCUUCUUUCUUGGUGUUCCUUUUUUGUCCAUUGCACAAGUUGUCGCAUCAUAGGAGAAGCACCAUGGAAAGUUGCCUCGCAUAUUUUUGUUUUUCUUGCUGCCCGGAAUCGAUUCAGCUCAUGUGAAGGAUGAGAAAACGAUUUUUGUGUCCGUAUUUUCGUGCAGGAGGAGAACUCGGAUAUCUUGCUCUGAAACUGAAAUGAAUGUUAUGUCUUAUCA